AUGCCCAUUAAAUUUGAAACCGGGGAAUAUCCUCCUAUUGUUAGUGCUAUCUCUUUGCCCAAGAAUAUUUUCCCCAAGGUCAUAUUCCAUAAUAUAGAAACUAAAUCCGACAAAAAUAAUAAUCCUUAUUUUCGCCUUAGUUUACAAGGCUUACCCGGUCAUUAUUUUUACGCCUUUAGUCAAGAUUACAAUUUAAAAAACACCACUACUUUAUGCACUCUAACUGAGGCUCCACUCAAUUUUAUAAAUCGUCCAGUCUUGAUUACUUAUGAAGAAAUAAAAGGGAGAGAUAAUUUGCCCCUUUAUAAUGAUACUCUUUAUAAUUUAGUGGAAACUCUAAAAAAAGCCCUGAAAUUAUUAGAAGACCAAAACACACCUGGUCAGACGGAUGAAUAUGGAGAACCAAUAAUUUUAGAGGCAGGAUUAUGCUCUCUGGUGGAUGAAUUUCAGGAAGAGGAAGAAGAUUUUUAA